ACUAUUAUAGAAUAAGUUGUUGUGCCUAACGUUGAUUAAAAUAAAUAGAUUAAACUUAUUAUCUUUUGCGUACCAGUUAGCGUUGAAAUCGAGUUCAAUAUCAGAAUCAAUAUUCAGUUUUUUUAAUCAGAUUUGAUAAACGGUGAAGAAGAAGAAGAAUGCCAUGGAUACAACAACAAAACAAAGAUUGGUUUUUGCUGUAAAUGGACAGAGGUUUGAGGUGUAUAGCAUUGACCCUUCAACUACUUUGCUUGAGUUUCUGCGGUCUCAAACUCCUUUUAAAAGUGUCAAGCUCAGUUGUGGAGAAGGAGGAUGUGGUGCUUGCAUUGUCCUACUUUCAAAGUAUGAUCAUGUUCACAACAAGGUUGAGGAUUUCACUGUGAGUUCCUGCCUAACAUUUUUAUGCAGUAUAAAUGGAUGCUCAAUCAUUACAGCUGAGGGAAUUGGGAACACCAAGGAUGGGUUCCACCCCAUUCAACAACGAUUCUCGGGUUUCCAUGCUUCUCAAUGUGGCUUUUGCACUCCUGGAAUGUGUGUUUCUCUCUAUGCAUCUCUUGUUAAUGCUGAUAAGAUGAAUAAUCGAGCAGAGCCUUCACCAGGAUUUUCCAAGCUGACAGUUUCUGAAGCUGAAAAGUCUAUUGCAGGAAAUCUUUGUCAAUGUACCGGUUACCGACCCAUUGUUGAUGCCUGUAAAAGUUUUGCUACUGAUGUUGACAUGGAGGAUUUAGGGUUUAACUCCUACUGGAGAAAAGGGGAAAGUAAUGAAGUAAAGUUGAGUAGGUUACCUCCGUACAAUUGCAACUAUGUGACUCGUGUGUUUCCUGAGUUUUUAAAGAAGGAAACUGCAGUUGGUCUCAAUCUGGGCUCUGAAAGGUAUCAUUGGUAUAGUCCUGUUAGUCUUAAGGAGCUACAGGGUUUAUUGCAAAUGGAAGCUAAUGGGGGAACUUCAAUGAAGAUUAUAGUUGGUAACACUGGAAUGGGUUAUUACAAGGAGCUAGUACACUAUGAUAAGUAGAUUGAUCUGAGAUACAUUCCUGAGCUUUCAAUAGUUAGAAAAGAUUCAACAGGGAUUGAAAUUGGAGCAGCUGUGAUGAUUUCUAAAGCUAUUGAAGCGUUGAAGGAAGAAAAUCAAGGUGGAUUCAGUAAAGAAGCUAAAUUGGUAUUCAAAAAAAUCGGUGACCACAUGGACAAGAUUGCUUCCAAGUUCAUUAGGAAUUCAGGUAGUGUAGGUGGGAAUUUGAUGAUGGCCCAGAGGAAACAUUUUCCUUCAGAUAUUGCUACAAUACUACUUUCUGUGGAUACAAUUUUAGAAAUAAUGACAGGUGAGAGACGUUUAAAGCUUACACUAGAGGAGUUCCUUGGAAGGCCUCCAUUGGAUUCGAAAACUGUUCUGUUAAGUAUUAAAAUCCCAUGUUGGGAAUCAAGUAGGGUUGUUUCUUCUGAUGCCUGUAAUAAGUUACUUUUCGAAACAUAUCGAGCUGCACCACGUCCUCUUGGAAAUGCACUCCCCUAUUUGAAUGUUGCUUUCUUGGCUCAGGUGUCUCUCUGUAAGAAUCCUACAGGAUUUAUGCUAAAAAAUUGUCGGUUCGCUUUUGGCGCUUACGGAACCAAGCGCUCUAUUAGGGUGAAGGAGGUUGAGGAGUUUCUAUAUGGAAAAUUACUAAGUUUUGGUGUGCUGUAUGAUGCUAUUAAAUUGCUUGAAACUUUGGUAAUACCUGAAGAUGGCACUUCUAGUCCAGCAUAUCGAUCAAGCUUGGCUGUUGGCUUUCUUUUCGAGUUCCUAAGCCCCUUAAUUGACUCCCCUAUCGACUUUUCUGAUGGUCUUGUUAAUAGAUAUAAUAGAACUUUGUUGUCCAAGAAUUCAAAUCAGCAGCAUGAUCUUGGUCAAAUCGAAUUCCCAACUCUGUUAUCAUCUUCAAGGCAGGUGAUUCAGUUAAAUAAAGAAUAUCAUCCGGUCGGAGAGCCAACAAUAAAAACCGGAGCUAUCCUCCAAGCCUCUGGUGAAGCUGUUUAUAUAGAUGACAUUCCAUCCCCUAAAGAUUGCCUAUAUGGAGCAUUUAUAUAUAGCUUAGAGCCUCGGGCACGGGUGAAGGGUAUCAAGUUCAAUCCUGGAUCAUCACCAAAAGGAGUUAUUGCACUUAUUACUUCCAAAGACAUUCCUGGUUUGAAUUUGGGUUCUAAAACAGUAUUUGGAACUGAACUUUUAUAUGCUGAUGAUCUUACCGAAGGCGUUGGUCAGCGGAUUGCCUUUGUGGUUGCGGAUACGCAGAAAAAUGCAAACAUUGCAGCUGAUCUUGCAGUAGUUGAUUAUGACAAGGAAAAUAUAGAACCUCCAAUAUUAUCUGUAGAAGAGGCAGUUGAGAGAAGUAGCUUUUACGCUCCUUUGUUUUAUCCUGAACAGUUUGGUGAUUUCUCGAAAGGAAUGGCCGAAGCUGAUCACCGAAUUCUCAACUCUCAGAUCAAACUUGGGUCGCAAUACUAUUUUUAUAUGGAGACACAAACUGCUCUUGCCGUUCCGGAUGAGGACAACUGCAUGGAAGUAUAUAGUUCUAUUCAAUGCCCCGAAUUUGCUCAUGAUACUAUAGCUAGAUGCCUCGGUGUUCCUGCCCAUAAUGUUCGUGUAAAAACUAGAAGGCUUGGAGGAGGAUUUGGUGGAAAGGCUGUAAAAUCCAUAGCAGUUGCAUCAGCAUGUGCUGUAGCUGCUUACAAGUUAAACCGUCCGGUCCGAAUUUAUAUGGAUAGGAAGACUGAUAUGAUAAUGUCAGGAGGAAGGCAUCCGAUGAAAAUAACAUACAAUGUGGGAUUCAAAAGUACCGGAAAGAUUACAGCCCUGAAACUUGAUAUAUUGAUUGAUUCAGGGAUGUUUGUCGAUGUAAGUCCAAUAUUGUCAGAUCAUAUGCUAGGGUCACUUAAAAAGUAUGAUUGGGGUGCUUUAUCUUUCGAUAUAAAACUUUGCAAAACGAAUCUUCCAAGCCGAGCAGCGAUGAGAGCCCCUGGAGAUGUGCAGACCUCGUACAUAGCUGAAGUUGUAAUUGAACAUAUUGCAUCGACCCUUUCUAUGGACGUUGAUUCUAUUCGAAAUAUUAAUCUCCACACUCACAACAGCCUCAACUUAUUCUUUGCGAGUGCCGCAGGAGAACCAUUAGAGUAUACGUUACCUUCAAUAUGGGAUAAGUUGGCCAGUACUUCGAGCUUUUACCAUAGGACCGAAAUGGUUAAAGAAUUCAAUAGGUGCCAUAAAUGGAAGAAGAGAGGUAUUUCAAGGGUGCCUAUUGUCCACGAAGUGAAGAUGAGAUCAACACCGGGGAAAGUAAGCAUCCUACGUGAUGGAUCGAUUGUGGUUGAGGUUGGAGGAAUCGAAAUGGGGCAGGGUCUUUGGACGAAAGUAAAACAAAUGACUGCAUAUGGUCUUGGUUUGGUUAAAUGUGGUGGAACACAAGAUCUUUUGGAGAAAGUAAGGGUCAUAGAAGCUGAUACUUUGAGUGUGAUUCAAGGUGGUAUGACUGCGGGAAGCACGACAUCGGAGUCAAGCUGUGAAGCAGUACGACUUUGCUGUAAAGUGUUGGUUGAAAGGCUUGUCCCUCUCAAGCAAAGGUUGAUGGAGCAAAUUAGAUCCUUAGAGUGGGAGACGCUGAUCCUUGAGGCAUAUCGCAACUCUGUAAACUUAUCAGCAAGUUCACUAUAUGUACCGAACUUCUCCACCAUGCACUACCUAAACUAUGCUGCAGCUGUGAGCGAGGUGGAGGUAAACCUUAUAACAGGCGAAACUACAAUUCUACAGACAGAUAUCAUAUAUGACUGUGGUGAAAGCCUAAAUCCUGCUGUCGAUUUAGGACAGAUUGAAGGAGCUUAUGUUCAAGGAAUUGGGUUCUUUAUGCUUGAGGAAUACAAUACAAAUUCAGAUGGAUUAGUGAUUACAAAUAACACAUGGACUUACAAGAUCCCCACGGUGGACACCAUUCCCAAACAAUUCAAUGUUGAAAUCUUCAACAGUGGGAAUCAUAAAAACCGCGUUCUUUCUUCCAAAGCUUCUGGGGAGCCGCCAUUAACGCUAGCAGUUUCAGUUCACUGUGCAACAAGAGCAGCUAUAAGAGAAGCCAGACGGCAACUUGUUUCGUGGAGUGGCCCAAACGAGGCUAGCUCAACAUUAGUCCAAUUAGAGGUACCUGCCACCAUGCAUGUGGUCAAGGAGCUUUGCGGGCUUGACAGUGUUCAGAAGUUUUUGCAGUGGACAACUGCCAAAAACUGAGGCCAAAAACAUUACUGUACAUAUAUAUUCAGGUGUAGACAAGAAUAAGUUGAUAGAUUUCUUCACGUUGAAGCGAAGAUAAACAUCACUAUAGGUUUAUUUAAUAUAUUUGAGUUGAAUGAUGAAGCGGUCUAAAAAAAACCAAAAA